CCUCCUUGACAGUUUCUGUUGUGGAAAUAGUUAAGUGGGUCGCCAGAAAGCACAAAAGUUGCCAAAUACAAGCGUAUGAGCUCAGAGGAUACAUCACCCUUGUAGUACUUUUCAUGGGAGUAACACAAUGGACUGGAUAAUUAUUACUGCAGUAUUCUUGUCAGUGUUAAAAACCACACUUGGUUUCAAUAUCGAUCCCAAGGCUUGGAAGGUCCUGUCUAACCCCGCUGAAGGAUUUGGAUACCAGGUGGUGCAGAGACCAUCCAGCUUGCUGGUCAGUGCUCCUCUUUACCAGUAUUCACAAGACGGAAGGGGACAGAUAUAUGCAUGCUCCACCGAUAGCUGCCGUGACAUACCAGUUUCAUUGCCAGAUUUUGCCGUAAACAUGUCUCUUGGUUUGACAAUGAUAAGCAAUCCCUCGACACAGAACACCGUGGCAUGUGGUCCAACCAUCCCAAUGGACUGCAAAAGUAUCACCAUGUACAGUGGUGCGUGCUUGCAGAUAGACAGUUCGAACAGAAUGAUAGGUGGUCUUAUACCUUCUUAUAAUAAAGAGUGCCGAUCAGCAGACAUUGCGUUCCUGUUGGACGGUUCAGGCAGCGUAUCCAGACAGGAUUUUUACACAAUGAAGACUUUCGUGAAAAAUCUGGUCCGCUCACUCCUGCCAUUAGAUACAAAGUUUGCUAUUGCCCAGUUCUCCGAAGAUCCCCGAGUAGAAUAUUACUUUGAUGAUUUUUCCUCUGGAGCUAAAUCAUGGCAACAAAAAGUUGAUGACAUUCAGCAACUACGGUCAACAACUUACACAGCUAAAGCCAUCAAGUUUGUGGUACAAAAUAUUUUCACGUCAACAAGAGGUUCCAGAUCUAACGUGAAGAAGGUCUUGAUAGUCAUUACUGAUGGAGCAUCUCAUGACCGGAAUUUAUUGGCAUCUUCAGCAGCCUUAGCUGAGAGGGAAAAGAUUGUUCGAUUUGCUAUUGGAGUGGGAGAUGCAUUUGACAAACCUGAAGCAAAAAAUGAACUGAACACCAUUGCAUCAUCUCCCAAAGACAACCACGUGUUUCAAGUGGAGAACUUUGACGCUCUCGAACAAAUACGACAGAGUUUGCAGGCCAAAAUCUUCUCUAUUGAAGGAUCGCAAACAGGUGGAGAGUCACUGAAAAUGGAAAUGGCUCAAGAGGGAUUCAGUGUAGCUUAUGUGCCUGAGGGAAUUCAGAUGGCUGUGGUUGGUGCUAAUGUGUGGAAGGGAGGCUUCCUGCAGUACUCACUCACAGGCCGGAAGAUCAUCUCCUUUGAGCCGAGUAUAGACGUUGAUAGUUAUCUGGGUUACUCCAUGGCAGUUGCUAAAACAAGGCAAGGCACACUGACAAUUGCUGGUGCUCCAAGAUAUCGUCACAAAGGAUCUGUGGUGGUACUUACCCAUCAAUGGUAUCGCCAAAAUAUCGAACCCUCUCAAUAUCAGUCUCAGAGUGGUGAAUAUUUUGGGGCUGCUGUUUGUGCCAUGGAUGUGGAUCGUGACGAAUUCAGUGAUCUAAUCUUCAUAUCUUCCCCUAUGUUCGUGGACACUGACAGAGAGGGAAGAGUUUACGUUUGCAGCAUUAGUGGUUUGAAUGUGGAGUGUCACUUCGAUGAGUCUUCGUCAGUGCUGAGAGGGGCUGCAUCUGUCAAAGGAAGGUUUGGGUCUUCUCUUGCUGUCCUGCCUGAUCUUAAUGUAGAUGGUCUCAAUGAGUUGGCGGUUGGAGCACCUUUGGAGAACGACGGCCAAGGCAGCAUCUACAUAUUCCACGGCGAAGGAGGAGGAAGAAUCAGUCUUUUUUACUCACAGAGAAUUGCUGGCUCUGAUGUCCAGCCAGGACUGCGGUUCUUUGGCAUGUCGAUAAGUCAGUCGUCUUUUGACCAAAGUAUGGACGGUCUGCCUGACUUAGCUGUGGGUUCGAAGGGCGCAGUUGUCUUACUCAGAACAAAGCCUAUAGUAAUGGUUGAAGCUGCAGUGUCAUACAGCCCAAACCUAAUCCCUACUCAAAACAUAGACUGCUCAACACAACUGGAGCACACAGCAAAAAUCUGCUUUACCAUGACCAGACACUCCACAGUACAACAAGCUCAAGCACAGAUCAAAUAUACUAUAAAGCUGGAUGCCACCCGCAAAGUCCCAAAUAACCGUGCUGUUAUUAGCGAGAAAGUACGAGAGGUGACUGAAGAAGUUACUCUUGACUUAAUCCGGCCCAAAUGCAGCACAGUGAAGUUCUUUGUUGAGGCUUGUCCAGAUGAUUCUCUCAAUGCUCUUUACAACGAACUCAAAUUCACCUUUGAUGGUCUGCCUUCUGACCAAAAUCUCAGUCCGAGUCUCGCCCUGCAGGCGCAGCAAACCACCACUCAUCCUUUAGGGUUUGAGAUCAACUGCGGCACGGACAACCAAUGUGUAGAUAGCCUGAAAGUGGACUUCAACUUUACCAGUUCCUCCGUGGUUAAAGUGGGCAUUGAUGAACUGCUGGAUGUCACCGUCUUAGUGGAGAACACAGAGGAAAACUCCUACAACAGCCAUGUCAUUCUCACGUACCCUGCCGGGUUCUCCUAUAGGAAGUUUACAAGUCUGCAGGGAAGAAUAGAAUGCAACUCCUUGGACAGUGAAGACGGCUUAACGCGAGGAAAGACAGACUGCACUGUUGACAAGCCUAUUCUUAAGAGCAAAACAAAGGCUCUCUUCAUCGUCUCCUAUGGAAUCGAAACCAACAGUCAACUUGACAGGAGGAUUUUUGUCACUGCAAAUGCUACCAGUGGGAAUCAGGUGCACUCACCCCAAAGUGAACCCUACAAAAAGAAAGGGAUUGAUGUGAAGUACGGCAUUUUUGCUACAAUUGAAAGUUUUCUCAGCUACACCAAUUUCUCUUACGGAAAGAACGAUUUGCAGAAACCAGUCCAACAACAUAUUGUGGUUACAAAUGACAUCAGAGCACUGAAUUUCACUGUGGUGAUAAAUGUGCCAGUGAAGCUCGGUGAUAAAGACAUCUGGGUGGAUUCAGACAGUUUGACGAUUCCAGACUGCCAAAAAGACACAGAUAAGGAACCUACCGACACAGAUUUUGUUGCCAAGAUUGAGAAAACUAAGACUGUGGACUGCUCUGUAGCCAGGUGUAGGGUGUUCAAGUGCAGCAGGUUCAUGGGAAGACUGGAGAGUAGAAGGUACAACAUCUCUGCCAACCUUAGUUCUGGAUGGAUCGAGCAGAUUGGACUUAGAUCUGCCAAAUUCCUCCUGACCAGCACAGCCACUCUGGAGUAUGACGGAAACCAGUACAUCUUUAUUUCAGCAGCGUCUAAUAACAAACCUCCUGUUCGCAAGAUCGAGGCAGAGGUAGAAGUGUACACUGAACCAGACUUCACCAAAGAGAUUAUUGGAGGAUCCCUGGGUGGGUUGGCUUUCCUCGCUUUACUCACCGCUGGCCUGUAUAAGGCUGGAUUUUUCAAGAGUAAAUACCAGGACAUGAUAAACGAUGAUGCAGCAGAUCCAGGGGUCAACGGAGGCGCAUCAGCACCAGAAUAACAAAUACAAAAUCAGAUGAUGUCCCACAGACACCAACUGUUUCCAGAUCCAGUACUUUAAUACUGUAGCAUUAGCCUGCUGAUUGCAGCUGACUGCAAAACCGUUACAUCUAUACCAUGAUCUUUAUGAUUAUCUCUGAUUAGUUCACACGUGCCAUUACUCAGAGCUGUACUAUUUCUAUAACAUUUUGCCAUUUCCAGGAAUGUACAUGAUUUGUAUGGAAGAGGACCACUUUGGAUUAAUUCAACUAAAAAGCUUGGCUGUGUCUGAAAUCA